UUCAUUGUAAAUCCACGCUAAAAACAACGUUGCCCGUGUUCGAGAUGUUUGGGUCUAGCCUGGGGCCGUAAACUUCCAAAAUAUGCAUUUUAUUUGUUAGAAAGGAAGGUACAAGGAUUACAGUAUUUAGUUCCAUGGUAUUCCGAAUCUUUGGUAGUCAACGGUGACAGUAUAGCUAGUAUCUUGGGUAAACCAUGAACAAUGCGGUAAAUGGUAACCAUAGCAACAAGAAUUCACCGACUGAAGAAGAAGGUUUGGGUAAAUGGAAAGUUGUUGAAGUUCUCGGAACGGGCAAAUAUGGGAAAGUAUCGUUAUGGAAACAUGAGGAAACUGGUCACCGCCUUGCAAUGAAAGAAUGCAGCAAGGAAUUAGACGAGAAAAUGAUGGUGCAUUGGAGGAGAGAAGUGGAAAUCAUACAAACACUACACCAUGAGGGAUUAGUGAAGGUAGAUAAGCAAGCUCAGAUCGGGAAAUGCGGUUCCGAAAACAGCGAGAUACGACGACUACCGCUUGAAUACUGCAAUGGCGGAGAUCUGAGAAAGAUACUCCGAAAAUCUGAACACUGCUGCGGACUUGAGGAGUACUGGGUUCGGGAACUGUUAAGACAAUUGUCAUCGGCCAUAGAAUAUUUACAUAAUAACAAGAUUAUGCACCGUGAUAUUAAACCGGAAAAUAUUAUCUUGCAUCAUGACCACAAAACAAAAAAUGUUUGUUACAAGUUGACAGAUUUUGGUUACGCCGUUAGGUGGGAAUUAGAACCAUGCGCCAGAGAAUUUGUUGGAACCGCACAAUACUUAGCACCAGAAAUGCUGAGUAAUAAGGAAUACUCCCAUACUAUCGAUUAUUGGUGUUUUGGAACUGUUGUAUUUGAGUGCAUCACAGGUCAUCGACCUUUUGUACCAACUCUUGCAAUACCACAAUGGUUUGAAGUUGUAAAUAAAAAACAGUCGGAUCAUAUAUGUGCAGUUAAGUUAACCACUGGUAUAUACAUGAAGAUUAAUAUGGAUAGAUGGCUGAUGUGGAUGUUACUGUUAGAUCCUAAUCUGAGAGGUGGUCCUUUACAAGAUGACAAUAGAAUUCAUUGUUUUAGUGCCUUAGAAGAAAUACUUGAUACCAAGAUAAUUCAUAUCUACAGUAUCCAUGGCAACAAGCAUACAGCCAUACCUGUUUUAGAUGAAGAUGAUGAUUUAUGCAAAUUACAGCAAGAAAUUGGCACUAAUUGUGGAAUUGUUGUUGACAGUCAGUUGUUACUAUUGCCAAAUGGUGAUACGGCCGAUUUGAACACAGUCAUUGAAGGGUACUGGAUGGACAUGAGUCCUGACAAAUCACUGGUAUUUGUAUUCAACUCCAACCAUGCACAAAGUGAAGACAGUGAAGCAUUAGUGUCUGACUGGAUAGAUGGUAUUAUGCCUUCCAUUGUGAAAGCAAUAAAAGAUGAGGACACGCAUGUCCCAUACAUGCAACUCAAGUAUAUUUACAGAUCAGCUGUCUAUUUCUGUCAGAAGUUGAACUUUCAUUAUGAACGAGUGACCCAGGGUUAUGGUGCAAUAAUAAAUCACUUGACAAAACUAAAAUCCGAUUUAUCGCAGAAGAAACUAACUCUGCUUGCCACAUAUCACAAAUAUCUUGGGAAGCUGGAAGUCUUUAAAGACAGUUUGGAGCAAGACCUACAAAGUUACCAAGAACAAAGUGCAAGUGGUAUAGAAUCAGAGAAAAUCUACAAUUCAUGGUUGAAAUCAAGAAAAGAAUUUGAUAGAAUAGAAAAAGUUGGCCAAAACACCAAUAUAAGUGAGUUUAUACAUUCUACUGAUGUACUCCAAGACAGACUACUGAAGGAAAUUGACACACACCAAGUUGAUGCAUGUCACAAACAGAUUCAACACUUGAAAACUGAAGCUUUGAAAUUAUUGCAUGGUUUGCUUCAGAUCCCUAAAGAUCAGCGUGACAAAGUUUUUAGUUGUAGUAAAAUGUCUUCAGUUAUAAAUCGGAGUAUGAAGGCAUGGAAGAAAUAUUACAAAUAUAUGGAUGCCAGUAUCAGUGUUGUCUUAAAACUUGUCCGGAAAGUGUCUUACCUUGAUGCAGAGCUGGAACUGGUCUUGCAGCAAUUUGAGAAAGGGGGUCAAGACUUAAUGAGAUUGCAUCAAAAAAGACAAAACGAUGUUUGGACAUUACUUAAGCUUCAAAGCCAAGUUGUAGCAGCUGUGACAAAUUUAAAUCACAAUUCAAACAAUGACACAAAGUUAUCAAUAGUCAGAGUCUAAAUUAGCCAAGGUCAGCUUAUUGUUAAUUGGGAAGGUAAAAAAGGCAUCCAUUUUGUGUUGUUUGUUGCCAUGACGUCCACAGCCAAAUUGAUGCUGCUCUUGUGGUUAUCAUAAUUCAAGAUCUCCCAUCAUGCAACAGUAGCAGUACCUUUUCUAUCAUUCUAUAGAUUUGGUAUUUUUAUCUGGCUUUUUUCUCCAUUGUUUUUGCAGUUUUACAGUACGAUAAUAAUCACAUGAUCCCUCAACAUACCAAUGUAUUGCUUAUUACUUGAUUGGUGUUGAACUUGAAAUACCUUGAAAUUUUCAAUACUUGGCAUUUUCCAGAUUUUUUUCACCCGGAGGCCAUAUUGUGUGAUAUGAUAAUUUCUAAUAGUCACUUCCAGUUUAUUUUAAUUUACUUGGUAAAGGAUAAUGAAGUGCUAAUGAAAGCUAAUGAUUUACCAUGUUGUGCCUUUUCCUAAUACUUGGGCAUCUUUGUAAAAGCAAGUGCUUUAAAGUGUGUUAAUGUUUAAGUACAUUUUUUAUACAUAUGUUUGUUUUGAUUUUCUAGUCCAGUUUUUGAAGUUGAUUAUCCAGCCAGUAUUUGUGUAUAAAACUAGCUCCGUAUUGUUGUAAUUCUGCAUUUUAUAUAUAUGCCGUGCAGUUAUGUAAAUUUUUGUUUCACUCAGCAAGAUAUAGGUUUUUAUUGUCGCCAAUGUAAGCAUUGUAUAAUUAUGUUUCCUGCCAUUAUUAUGCUGCAAAAUUUGUCAAUGUAAUUAUUAUAUUUUUGUCGCUAAUCAUGACAUUAUUUUAAUCCUGCCAUUUUGUGAAUUAUGAAUUUGGGUGGAUUUUUGAACUAAAGUUAAUCAGUCGGGUCAUCACUGAUUGUUUUGUUCAUCACAGUUUGGGCUCCAUUGUAAAUAUUUGGCACCAUCUACAAAAUUAUUUUAUAUAUUCUGCUCCUCUCCGCAUAAAAUGUUGUUCAAAAUUCACAAACCUUUUGAUCAAAAACUACUUAAAAU